AUGUCUACAAUCUCAUCUCCUCGGCCGUCAAUUGCCUCGUCGCGUGCUCACUCUCCGACACCCACCUCUGCCCGGCCAUCUCUCGAUGUGAUCAACACAAGCUUCGCUGGCGGACUAAGCGCUUCAUCAACGCCUACCACCGGCCGUGCAAUCUCCCCGAAUCCACGCCGUAAUCGCUCUGCGCUUCGAGAUUACUACAAUUUAAAGCCCCCCGGCGUCGACUCUGCUAUUCUUAGCGGGAGCAACCGAUCACGGAGUGUGCCUCGAAACACCGAUGCGGGGGAGAUCUCGAAUUCCGAUACUUUAGCGUCAGGGACGGAACUGGACAAUGCGGACUUUGACCCGCAGCGUUACGUCGACCAUCUCCUGUCUACCUCAUCCCUUUCCACGAUUCUCAAAGCUGAAAACACCUUGGUGGGGGACAUCCGCACCCUUGAUGGAGAGCGGAAGGCUUUGGUUUACGACAAUUAUUCCAAGUUGAUCCGUGCUGUUGAGACUAUUGGGAAAAUGCGAAAAAGUAUGGAUGAACGCGGUGCCCCCCUGACCAUGACCAAGACGCUGGGCCCGGCGAUUGCUUUUGUUGCGGAAACCGCAGGAGCAUUGAUCAAGGAAGGCGAAGAACAAAGCCGCCGGAUCAGAGAGGACAAGGAAGCCGAGUCGGACAAGCCUGGUGAUCCGGAAAUAGAAACCGUACGGUGGGUUCUCGCUGCGCCGGAGCGUCUCGAGAAGCUCGUGGCAGAUGGCAAACAAGAAGAAGCGGACGAAGACUGGAUGGAAGUGAAGCACCUGCUCGACGCCUGGGGCGAGGUUCAAGGAGUCGCAGAGGUGCGCGCCGCUUGCGAGAAAGUCAUGACAAAACCGAGCGAUGGUUGA